AUGAAGAAUUUGAACUGUUACAAACAAGUUUCUAAGAAUGGAAAACCUGGGAGGAGGUUUUCACUUGGGGAGUAUCAGAGAGCAGUUUCCUGGUCUAAAUAUUUGGUGACACCUGGUGCUGCUAUAAAGGGAGGUGAAGAAGAAGAAUGGAGUGCUGAUAUGUCUCAGUUGUUUAUUGGAUCUAAAUUUGCUUCUGGGAGACAUAGUAGAAUCUAUAGAGGUGUUUAUAAGCAAAUGGAUGUUGCUAUUAAGCUUGUGAGUCAGCCUGAAGAAGAUGAGGAUUUGGCUGCUUUUCUUGAGAAGCAGUUUACUUCUGAGGUUGGUUUGCUUUUGAGGUUGCGUCAUCCAAAUAUCCUCACUUUCAUUGCUGCUUGCAAGAAACCACCGGUUUUCUGUAUAAUCACCGAAUAUUUAGCCGGUGGUUCAUUGAGAAAAUACCUUCAUCAACAAGAACCACAUUCAGUUCCACACGAACUCGUUCUGAAAUUAGCACUAGACAUUGCGAGGGGAAUGGAAUAUCUUCAUUCCGAAGGGAUACUUCACAGAGAUCUCAAAUCAGAGAAUCUUCUCUUAGACGAAGAUAUGUGUGUAAAAGUAGCUGACUUUGGUAUCUCAUGUUUAGAAUCUCAGUGUGGAAGUGCGAAAGGAUUUACCGGAACGUACCGUUGGAUGGCUCCAGAAAUGAUCAAAGAAAAACAUCAUACUAAAAAAGUCGAUGUUUAUAGUUUCGGUAUAGUUCUUUGGGAGCUUUUAACCGGAUUGACUCCGUUCGAUAACAUGACGCCAGAACAAGCAGCAUUUGCAGUUUCAUACAAGAAUGCAAGACCACCACUACCAUCUGAAUGUCCUUGGGCAUUUAGUAACCUGAUCAAUAGAUGUUGGUCAAGCAAUCCAAAGAAAAGGCCACAUUUUGUCGAGAUCGUUUCAAUAUUAGAGCGAUUCGCCAAGUCACUUGAACGAGAUUCAGAAUUUUUCUCGACUUACAAACCACGACCUUCUAAUACAAUUCUGGGUUGCUUUCCUAAAUGCAAGGCUCGCCAAAAAUCUGUUACUUGCAAAGCAAAGUAG